GCGGGCGCUCGGUGUGUCUGUGCGUGUGCGAGUGUGAGUGAGUGUGCGUGCUGGGCACUGCCGCUCCUGGCGUCCGGAAGAGGGGCCCGCUGGCCUGGGGAGGGCGGGCGGGCUGCUCGGAGGCAGAGGCAGAGAGAGGCGGCGGCGGCGGCUGGGAGAGCCGAAGAGGAGGAGAGGAAAGAGCGGAGCAGCCAUUGUUGAGGGAAACCCUGCAAACAAAGAAGGCUCCGGACUCCCUGCGGCCCCCCGCCCCCCAGGCCGGCCCCCUGGCUCCGGGCCCCCGGCGCGGUGGCUAUUGUAACUUUCCCCCGGGGCUGCGGCCACGGCGGGGCGGCCGGCUGUGCAAGCGAGUCUUUGUGCAGCCGGUGGAGUGGAGCUCCCAGCCAGGCCUGUCUGUCCCACUCGGGACAUGAGCAGCUGAAGUUGAGCUCCCCCUCCGUCCUCACCCCUGCUAGGGCCUUUUCGGCUUCCCAGCCACUCCCUACACCUCUUCUGAUCCCUCAGUUCUCCCAGGUUGUUCCUCAAAAACAUUCAAGCUGUACUCGCCGAAGGAGCCCCCGAACGGCAACGCCUUCCCCCCUUUCCAUCCCGGCACCAUGCUAGAUCGGGAUGUGGGCCCAACUCCCAUGUACCCGCCUACAUACCUGGAGCCUGGGAUUGGGAGGCAUACACCAUAUGGCAACCAAACAGACUACAGAAUAUUUGAACUUAACAAGCGGCUUCAAAACUGGACAGAGGAGUGUGACAAUCUCUGGUGGGAUGCUUUCACAACUGAGUUCUUUGAGGAUGAUGCCAUGUUAACCAUCACUUUCUGCUUGGAGGAUGGACCAAAGAGAUACACCAUUGGCCGGACCUUGAUCCCACGUUAUUUCCGAAGCAUCUUUGAGGGGGGUGCUACAGAGCUGUACUAUGUGCUUAAGCACCCAAAGGAGGCAUUCCACAGCAACUUUGUGUCUCUCGACUGUGACCAGGGCAGCAUGGUGACCCAGCACGGCAAACCCAUGUUCACCCAGGUGUGUGUGGAGGGCCGGUUGUACCUGGAGUUCAUGUUUGAUGACAUGAUGCGGAUAAAGACGUGGCACUUCAGUAUCCGGCAGCACCGAGAGCUCAUUCCCCGAAGUAUCCUUGCCAUGCAUGCCCAAGACCCCCAGAUGCUGGAUCAACUGUCCAAAAACAUCACCCGGUGUGGGCUGUCCAAUUCCACUCUCAACUACCUCCGACUGUGUGUGAUACUCGAGCCCAUGCAGGAGCUCAUGUCCCGUCAUAAGACCUACAGCCUCAGCCCCCGUGACUGCCUCAAGACCUGCCUUUUCCAGAAGUGGCAGCGCAUGGUAGCGCCCCCCGCGGAGCCUGCACGGCAGCAGCCCAGCAAACGGCGGAAACGGAAGAUGUCGGGGGGCAGUACCAUGAGCUCGGGGGGUGGCAACACCAACAACAGCAACAGCAAGAAGAAAAGCCCAGCCAGCACCUUCGCCCUCUCCAGCCAGGUACCUGAUGUGAUGGUGGUGGGGGAGCCCACCCUGAUGGGCGGGGAGUUCGGGGACGAGGACGAGAGGCUCAUCACCCGGCUGGAGAACACCCAGUUUGACGCGGCCAACGGCAUUGACGACGAGGACAGCUUUAACAACUCCCCCGCCCUGGGCGCCAACAGCCCGUGGAACAGCAAGCCUCCAUCCAGCCAGGAAAGCAAAUCGGAGAACCCUACGUCACAGGCCUCCCAGUAAAGGCCUCAACACAGCUGGCUACCCAGCGCUCUGCCUGCCUGUCCCACCCCUCGAAGCCCCAGGGAGCAGAAGAUAGAACGAGGAGACUGAGCAUCUAAAAUGGGCAGCCUCCAUCCACCCACUUCAGGGAGGAACUGGACUUGCUGGGGGGCAGAUGCCAAGAUUUGCCCCCCCCCCCAGUGGCCCUGGGCUGGGCCUGGCCUCUGCAGAGCCUUUUGGGGGAAGGGGAUACUCAUGUGGAUGCCUGUGUGGACCCUGGGCCUCUGAGAAAUGUCCUGACCACCCCACAGGGCAUUUGCCUCCAUCCUCACCCCAUGUUCUGGGUUCCCCAUCCUCCAACUCUACCCCUUUCAAGCCUGGGGUUGUCCAUACUCAUAGCCCCUUAGGGACUUAAAGCUAUGGGGCUUGGUUGAAUGCCCCUUCUCCACACCCUCUCCCAAGGUGGUGGGCAGUAGAGGGGUAAAGCUCUGGGCUCUUUCCUCCCUUCUUCCACCUGUUCCAGCUCCAAGUUUUUUAAAACAAAAAAUAAUAUUAUUAAAAAUGUAAGUUUAAAAAAAAUCAUGUCCCCCCUCUCCCCUUAUUAAAAGUCUAGCUACCUCCCUCCUUGUGGCAGAUGGAGGGCUAGGGCCCAGGUGGAGGGGAACGUGGGAGUCAGGGGUAUCAUACCAUUUUAUGCAUUGAGAGCUUCAGACCAAGGAGACACUUUGUCGACUCUCUCUUCCCUUGUCCUCCAGGGUGACUGGAGUUGGGGGUGGCUUGCCAUGGGGCUGGGUGUCAUUUACAGCCUCAUCUUCGUAAACUCCCUACUGUUGUUCCUGUCUCCCCACCCUUCAGGACCCUCAUGCUUGUGACUCCCUCUGUCCCAGCCCCCACCCCUUUCUCCAUGGUGUGUAUAUUCUCCACUAGAGCAGCUGUCCAGGGUGAGGGAGGGGAGGGUGCCUCCCCUAGGGAGUAUGGAAAGAGGGAGCAGCCUUGUGUGUCACUGUGUUUUUGUUUUGUCUCAGUUGAGCAGGCAUGGAUGGGGGAGGGUUUCAUCCAUUCUUUCUAGCACUCUUCUCCCAACUGUUCAAACUGUUUAUCUGGUCCUAUCCUGUCCUCCACAGCUGGGGGUAGCCACUGAGGGUAUCCCAGUUGUGAGCUUAUGAGGAAACAAUAGGCCUCUGUCCCCCAACUGAAGCAGAGAAUCUUUAUCUCCCAGUAGCCCUUCCCUUCCUCUUAGAAGGUAGCAGGGCAGCCAGGACCCUCAGCUCCAUUUUACAGUUGGAAGUGUGGAGGCUUUCGGCCCAGGGUAAAAGCAAGAGCACCAAUGAGUCUAGGCCCAGCUCUGUGGCUUCACUGCCUUUUCCUAUGGCCAGUUCCAGAAGCAUUAGUACCACCUUUGCCCGUACUCUUCCUUCUGGAUCUGGGAUCUCCACACAGUUUUCUCUAAUCCAGUUGCCGCUAUUGGAAGGAUAUUGUGUCAGGAGCUGAGAGAAGGGGUAGGGAAGAGGACUGUCCCUUCCUCACCCCAACUAUAGUGCAUUUUCUUUUCUUUUUCUUUCUCUCUCUCUUUUCCUUUUUCCUUUUUUUUCUUUUUCUUUUUCUUUCUUUUGGACCAUUUGAGUCAUGUAUGGUACCAAUCAAUAAAGAGAUUUUUUUGGUU